UAUAAUCUUAAAGAUACGUUGUUACUGCGUUAUCUGUUUCAACAUUCUGAGGGCAUAGGUCACAGCAUAACCAGUAUGUUGUGUUAAAUCUUUAACUGAAACGUCUUUUACAAAAUGAAUGUGUUCAAGAAAAUACAAAGUGUCGUUAGGAGAUCAGGAAGCCGUAAUUACGGCAAAGUUGGAAUAAUUGGUGUGCCAUUUGAAAAGGGACAGCAUAAAAAGGGUGUAGCGGAUGGCCCAAAAGUGAUUAGGGCAGCCGGAUUGGUGCGAGAACUAGAAUACUUAGGCUUGGAUGUGAAAGAUUAUGGUGACAUUUUAUAUCAAGCAAAGAAUGUAGAGGGUGUAAAGAACAUGUCACAUUUAAGUGAUGUUGCUGGCUGUACAAGUUGUUUAUCUGAACAAAUUCAACAAGUUUUAAAGGAAGGUCGUAGAGUAUUAACACUUGGUGGUGAUCAUAGUUUAGGUAUUGGGACCAUAGAUGGUCAUGUUAAGGAAAAGAAGGAUGUAGGUGUAAUAUGGGUUGAUGCUCAUGCAGAUCUUAAUACCAACAAGACUAGUGAAAGUGGGAAUGUUCAUGGAAUGCCUGUAGCAUUAUUAACAUCUGAAUUAGCUGAUUACUGGCCACAUCUGCCAGGCAUGGAUUGGCAACAACCAAUGCUAUCUAUUAGAAAUGUAGCUUAUAUUGGUUUAAGGUCUGUAGACUCUUAUGAAAGAUUAGUUAUUGAAAAAUUUGGUAUAACUGCCUUUGGUAUUGAAGAUGUCGAAAGAUAUGGUAUUCAUGAUGUUGUUUACAUGGCAUUAAACAAAAUAGAUCCAAAUGAAUCAAAAUCAUUGCAUGUUAGUUUUGAUAUUGAUUCAUUAGAUCCAUUGGAAGCACCAUGUACAGGAACUCCUGUGCGUGGUGGAUUGUCUUUAAGAGAAGCUAUUCAUUUAAUGGAAGAACUACAUAGAACUAAUAGACUAAAUGCUGUAGAUCUUGUAGAGGUGAAUCCUCAUAUCGGUAACGAUCGAGACGUUAGUUUAACUGUGGAAGCUGCUAUUCAUAUUAUUCAAGCUGCAUUUGGUUACACAAGAAGAGGUCUCAAGGUUCCAAAGGGUAUUACUGAUAUGCCCUUACAAACAUUUAGAUGAAUUAAUCUCUUUUAUUUGUAAUCUAUGGCUACAUUAAAUAUCAUUAAGUCAU